AAACACCAGAUAAAGGGCAUUCUAAAUAUAUUUCUUUUCUAUAGAUGCUGAUCUCCUGUUACUGGAAAACAGGAAUUAGCUUGUCUGCUUGAGGAUGUGGUUGGUUCUUUAUAAAAAGGAUACACAAGAAAUUUGCACAUAGUCUGCCAGCUUCAUUAUGCUGCCGACAGCUUCCAGCAAAAGAAGAACAUUUGCAGCCAGAUAUUUCGCUCGCUCCAAAAGCCUGGUGAUGGGGGAACAGAGCCGCAGCCCGGGGCGGCUGCCCUGUCCCCACAGGCUGGGCCCCGUGCUGAAGGAGGGCUGGCUGAAGAAGCAGAGGAGCAUCCUGAAGAACUGGCAGCAGCGCUGGUUCGUGCUGCGUGGGGAUCAGCUUUUCUACUACAAGGACAAAGAUGAGACCAAGCCCCAGGGAUUUAUUUCUCUACAAGGGACCCGGGUGACUGAACUUCUUCCUGGCCCUGAGGACCCAGGGAAGCACCUCUUUGAGAUCAGCCCAGGUGGUGCCGGGGAGCGGGAGAAGGUGCCGGCCACCCCCGAGGCGCUCCUGCUCAUGGCCAGCUCCCAGCGUGACAUGGAAGACUGGGUGCAGGCCAUCCGCCGGGUCAUCUGGGCCCCGCUUGGCGGAGGUACUGCCCGUAGAUCGCAUGCUCACCCUCUAGAACCCUUGCCUUCAGGAUGAAGAGCGUCUGUUACUAAAAGGCAGAUUAGGAAAAUGAACAGACAAGCUCACAGGGUGAACUUUGCGAACUCCUGCGAAGACAGACAAGCCAGUAGAAGCUCGGGCAGGAGACUCGAACAGGCACUUCACCCAAACAGAAAUCCUCGUGACCAGUGAACACAGGCCGCGGUGCUCCACCCACUGGUGCUCAGGGAGGUGCGUGGGAAAGCACGACACCCGCCAGAAAGCCUGAACGAGAAAGGCGGGUGGUUCCAAGGGGUGACGCGGACAGAGAGCUCCAGGCACCUGUGCGACUCGCUGGGGAAACCUGCAGGAUCUGCGGCGGCCGAUGCUACGCACACCGAGGCCCCAGUAGCUCCACAGCUCCGCAUGUCCCGGGUGGAAAUCUGGGCGCACGGGGCGCCUGGCGGGUGCAGUCGGUUAACGGUCCGACUCUUGAUUUUGGCUCAGGUCGCGAUCUCAGGGUUGUGAGAUCGAGCCCCACAUCCAGCUCUGCACUUAGUGUGGAGUCUGCCUGAGAUUCUCUCUCUCCCUCUUCUCCUCUUCCCGCUCGUGCUCUCUCAAAAGCAAAAACAAAAACAGUGCACGUGACUUGUAUGGGUCACGUGUUCCCAGCAGCCUUACCCAUGCCGGCCGGGCGCUAACCCGGUGUUUAGGAACAACGCCCUGGGUAACUACAGAUGAUUCGUUCUCGCAGCAGAAACCCACCAGCAAUGAGAAAGAAUUAACUAUGGCCCCACCUGGCAACACGCCUGAAUCCUAAACACGUACAGUGGGACUCGGGAGGCCCAGUAACAUGCUAUAGGUAUGAUUCCAUUUCUAUAAAGCCGAAAAAUAGGGCAGCAGGAAACUGUAUUAUUUGGGGAUAGACAAUGAGGCAGCAGAAAGAAAGAAAGGCAGAGAAAUGAAUGCCAUGGUCCUAGUGGCACAGACGUUCACUUUGCAAUAAUGUGUAGUCUGCACACGUGCGCCUGAAGUACGUUCCUGGAUGUACACGUAUUUCAAUAUAUAAAAUAUAAAAAAUAAAAAUAAAGAGAAACUAAAGGCCGAAGAGGCUACGUAAUUUGCCCAAGACUCCCCAGCCCGUCAGGGAGCAAAGUUGAGAAACGAAGGUGGGUGCUCUGACCCCAGACGCCGUUGUGCUUUGACUUGGACUGCGCAGGGCUCUGGCACAGCCCGUCUACGCGCGGAGCCGGCUUCCGGCCACACGUCUAUGUCUCCCUCUGUCUUUGUCUCGCCCCCUCCCUCCCUGCCUCCUCUGUGCUUGUGCACAACUGGGACCCUUCGCAGAGUCCCACGUAGAACCCAGAUGCGUCCCUCCCUCUGCCCCCCCAGCGUUUAUCAAAUUUCUCAGGCUGUGUGCUGAAGAACGUGGAAGAAUUAAAACAGGAACCAUCAUCAAAGGCGCUUAUCUCCUUUCCACCCACAGCGUAGAGGAAACGCAGAAAUCCCGGGGGUUAGCGAUGCCAGACGUGUCUGGGCAAGCCGUGGGCACUCGCAGGUGGGUGCAGUCAGCCUCAGCAGCUUUCCUGGCAAAGCGGUUAUUAGCCUGGGUUCCCCUGGAAAGGAGGCUUAGAGGAUCGGUCCUUCUUUCACUGUUCAUCACGGAGCCCACGAGCCCUUUCAGGCAUGGUUGUUCUGGCAGAGAGUGGGCCACCUCUGACAGCCGGGAGCGGGUAGCGUGCCUGCUGCAGUCAGGGGAGAGCCCAGCUGUCCCCACAGAGAAAGUGGGGGGCAGAUGCGCGGGGUCGGUGGAGCCUGUUACCGCGGAUGGCCUGCCCAGAGGUGACCUGGACCGCGGUACCACUUGUCUGGGCAUUCAUUCAUUGCGCCAGUCAUUCAUUCACUUGGGAAUGUGUUCUAGGGGCUGGGGGUACAGCAGUGAGCAGGACAGACAAGGUCCCUGCCCUCCCUCAUGAAGCGCACAUUCUAGAAGAGAAACCAGGGAACAAGUGAGAUAAGGAAGCCCAUUGCAGGUUAGACGACGAUGAGCUCAGUGGAGAAAGAUAAGGUGGGGAGAGCAAGCAAGAAUGAUGGGGGUCGGAGUUUCAGGACCUUUGAGUAAAGGACAUGAAAGGGUGAAUUACACACGUAUCCGGGCAGAGAGUUUCGGAGGCAAAGACAGCAGUGUCCAUGUUGGAAGAACAGCAAGGAAGCCGGUGUGCCUGGAGCAAAGUCUGCGAAGAGGGCACAAGCAGGAAACAGGUCAGAGAGGCGGGGGUAUGUAAGUCAGUAGGGCCUUGUCGUCAUGGUGACCCUGGCUUUUCCUGAGUACCUUGGUGCCGUGAGUGGGUUUUGAACAAAGAAUGGCAGAGCCUGACUCGGGUUCUGACAGGAUCCCUUUGGCCACGUGCUGAGAAGAGAUCGAAGAAGGCAAGGACAGAAGCAGGGCGAUCGGGUAGGAGCUCAUUAUUCAAUAAUGCCAGUGAGAAAUGGUGGCAGCUUGGUCCUGGGUGGUAUUGGUGAUGAGAUGUAAGGACCAGGGCUGAGCCCUGAGCUGCUCCCAGGUGAGAAGUCAGGGGCAGAGGAAGAGCCAGCAGAGGGGGCUCAGAAGUAAGGGAGAGGAGCCAGGAGUGAGUUGGGGAUCCAGAGCCAAAUGAAGAGAAUGUCUCGGGAAGAAGGAGCAGUGACAACAUGCACUGUGGACAGAUCAACAAGAAGAGAACAGACAUUGAGCACAGUUCCCUGCUGCCUUGGGCACCUGUGGUUCCGCCGGAGUGCUGGCAAUAAAGCCUGAGAACAGUGGGUUCGUGAGAAAGGAUAAGAAGAAGGGAAUUGGAGUGUGAGAAUAACCAACUGUUUCAAGAAGUUUGCUGUAAAGGGAAAGAGAAAUGGGACAGUAGCUGGAGGGGAAGUCAGGUAAAGAGAGGGUUGUUUUGUUGUUGUUGUUUGAGUUGGGAGAUAAAACAGCAAGGUGAAAGAUUGAUGGUACAGCGGAGGGAGAGAAGAAUGGCUAGAGCACUGAUAUUGUGCAUCUAGAUGCAAAAAUCCUCAACAAAAUGCUUACAAAUUGAAUCCAGCAAUAUAUGAAAGGAUCAUAUACCAUGACCAAAUGAGAUUUGUCCCAGGAAUGCAAGGGUGGCUUAACACCUGAAAAUCAACAAUUGUAAUACAUCAAUAGAAGAAAAGACAAAAACCACAUAAUCAUCUCAUAGACUCAGAAAAAGCAUUUAAUAAAGUCUGGCACCCUCUCAUAAUAAAAACAUACAAGGGCCUAGGGAUAGGGAUAGAAAGGAACUUCCUCAACUUGAUAAAGGGUAUCUACGAAAAACUCACAGGCAACAUCAUACUUAUGGAGGAAGACUGGAUCCUUCUGCUCUGAGAUCAGGAAGAAGACAUGGAUUCUCACUUUUCUCACUUCUAUCCAGCACUGUACUGGAGGUUCUAGUCAAGCAAUUAGACGAGAAAAUGACAUAAAAUACGUCCAGAUUAGAAAGGAAGAAAGAAGUAAAUGUAUCUCUUAUUUGCAGAUAACAUGAUCUCAUGUACAGAAAAUCUUAAGAAAUCCACUAGAAAACAAUUAAAAGUCAUAAAAAAUUCAGCAAGACUGCAAGAUAUAAGGUCAAUACACACAAAUCAAUUGUAUUUCUCUUUCAGGAGCAAUGAGCAAACUGAAAAUGAAAUUAAAAGACAACUUCAUUUACAAUAGCAUCCCAAAGAAAAGUAUACUGAGUGGGCACCUGGGUGGCUCAAUCGGUUAAAUGUCUGCCUUUGGCUCAGGUCAUGAUCCCCGAGUCCUGGGAUCAAGUCCCAUAUCAGGCUCCCUGCUCAGCAGGGAGUCUGCCUCUGCCUCCGCCCUUCACCCUGCUUGUGCUCUCUCUCUCUCUUGCUCUCAAAUAAAUAAAUAAAUAAAAAUCUUUAAAAAAAAGAAGAGAAUACUAAGGAAUUAAUGUAACAAAAGAAGUAUAAAACUUACUACUCUGAAAGUGACAAAACAUUUUUGAAAGAAACCGAAACAGAUCUAAAUAAAUGGAAAGACAUCCCAUGUUCAUGGAUCAGAAGACUUGAUCUUGUGUAGAGGAUAACGCUCUCCUGUGGGUCUCUGGACUUCUGUGCCCAGCUCUGGGAACAGGGGCAGCACUUCCUAGCCAGCUCACUGUGAGAGGGGAGGGGAGGGGCCCACAGAGUAGCUAGGGCUCCCUGGCAUUGAUGGGUGCUUGCAUGGGUAUCUGGAGAGGACUGCAAGCCCUCAGGGGAGGGUCUGAUGUUCACAGGAAGGUGCUUGGCAACACCAGUUGCACUGAUGAGUGAGAGGAGGCAGAGUGAGCACAGAUUUCAGCACUGGGCUGUGUUCUCAUGUGAUCUGGCUCUGUCCUUGGCUUGCUGUGUGACCCUGGGUAUGCCAGUUACCCUCUCUGUCUUUUUCUGCAAAACAGGAAUAAGAGUGUCUUCUUUGCAGGAUUGUCAUGGAAUUAAGAGAGAAGAUCAAUGCCAAGUGCUCAGCACUCUUUUUUUUUUUUUUUAAAUAACAGUGGAUUUUUAAAAAAGAUUUUAUUUAUUUAUUUCACAGAGAGAGAGAGAGCACAAGCAGGGGGAGCGGCAGGCAGAGGGAGAAGCAGGCUCCCCGCUGAGCAGGGAGCCCGAUGCGGAGCUUGAUACCAGGACCCUGGGAUCAUGACCUGAGCUGAAGGCAGACGCUUAACGGACUGAGCCACCCAGGUGCCCUCAAUACUAGGUAGCCCUGACUCAUUCAGCAAACACAGCACACCUGCCCUCUGCAGGCAGGGAAUGUGCCAGGGCAAAAAAGAGAUCAGAGGGAGCUUCUUUCCCACUCCCCAGAUGGCCACUAACCAGGAAAGUUAAAUCACAAGGCACAGAGCAGUGGUUCCCAAGUGUUGGCUAGCAUCAGCGUCGCCCAGAGGAAGGCCUAUGAAAGUAGACUGCUGGCCCCGCCCGCAGGCUUCCAGCUCACUUGGUGCCCUAGAAUUUGUAUUUUGAACAAGGUCGCAGGCACUGCUAGUGCUGCUGGUGAACCUGUGUUUUAGAAGGUGGUGAGUACAAACAAGCAGUUUUAAAUACAGUGGGGAGGGCAGGACAUUCAAACAGUGUUGGGAGGUGAGAAAGCGAGCAGGGAGGUCCGGCGAAGGCGCACCAGACCGAGGCGACAGCCUGGGCCACAGCAGAGCACGUCCGAUAUGAUCUUGAACGAGCACAGAGGCAGGUGGGCCUGAGGGGCGAGGGACAGGGCAGAUGGGAAGGAGCCUGCCGCCCAGGCCUCCUACUCCCAAGUGAAAGGGGGAGGGGACGUUGGAGGGCUUUGGGCUGAGGAAUGACGGCAUCUGAUCUACAGCUGAAAAGGGCCAUUCUGACUGCUGACCCCUGCGCCCCCACGCCAGGGACAAUGAUGAGGCGAAGCCAAGACACAGAUAUUCGGGCUUCUCUGGGCAAGAGUCAAGGGUGCUUUUGCUUCGGUGGGUGGCGGUGAAAGUAACCAUGUUCUGAGUCUGUUUUGAAAUAGGACCGACGAGCCCUGGAUGGGUGUGAGAGAGCGGGGGCCGGCAGGUGGACUCCGAGAGGUCCUACUGAGAGGCCUUGGGGACAGAGCUGUCAUUAGCCAAGAGGGGAAGACUCAGCAUAGAACAGGUUUGGGAGGUCACAGCAAGACCGCAGUUCCAUUCUGGACAUGUUUGAGUUUGAGGGGUCUAUUUGUCAUUAGACCGGGACAGGGGCUGCAUGGGCAGCUGGAUGCAGGAGUCUGGGGGCCAGCGCUCUAUGACUAGUUGCACGGUAACUAUCCCAUUCACAGACCAGCAGGCACUGCCCUAGCACAGCCCAUGUGGUCAUCGUGUUAGACCUGCCAGAAUCCUCUCUACCACCCCCCCACCCCAAUUCCCCAGAUGGACGGAAGUCGGCAGGUGCUCUCCAUUUAGGAGGCUCUGGACUCUAAUGGGCACUGCCAUAAUGAGCUCUAGAUUAUGCCCUGGCCAGGAUGACACCCAUCCCACAUGGAGGGGAGGUCAUUUUUAGUUGUGGGGCCUGGUAAGGGUGGGUGUUCAGAAAUGUCCAUAAAACUGUCCUCUUGGGGCAGGGCUGAGAAGCUGAGGGUCUGCCCUCCCAAAUAAGUACCUCCCACACAGGUGGGAGAACUGAAGCUCAGGAGGAGAAAGCAAGUCGGCACCAGAGCCCACAUGUCCACUGGGAGGGUCCACCUACUCCCAGAGCAGGUGCCUUUAACUGAGCCCUUGGGCCCUUCUCAUUAAGGGGGACAGUGCUGCUCAGACCCAGAGGGUCCCGGGGCCGUGGGAGCUCCAGGCUUCUCUGGCAGGUUUAGGGCAGGGCGGGGCAUUCCUUGGCUCGCGGCCCUCACCGGCAUCACGAAAUGCCCUUCCUCCCUCGUGCUGGUGAACUCUGGGAAGGCAGCACCACACGGAGCACAGAAUUUGGGGGGGCACCAAAACACUCAGUAAUCAAGAUGAACGUUUCAUUGUAAUAUUUUUUUAAUGAAAAUUAAUGUAAAAAGUCCAUGACGUUAGUUUCUUCUUGCUGCUCAACAAAUUGCCACAAACUAGCUCAAAACAGCACAAAUUUAUCUUCUCACAGUUCUGGAGGUCAGAAGUCAGAACUGAGUCUUACAGAGCUAAAAUCAAGGUGUUGGCAUGGCCUGUUCCUUCCGGGGGCUCUUGGGAGACCCUGUCCCUUGCCUCUGCACCUUCUAGACGCUGCCCUCCUUCCUUGGCUGUGGCCCCAUCACUGUGGUCUCUGCUUCCCUUUUUACAUCACUACCUCUUCUAUAGUCAGACUUCCUCUGCUUCCCUCUUAGGAAGCUGACCUGGAUGAUCCAGUAUAAUCUCUCCAUCCUUAAUUUAGUCAUGUCUACCAAGUCCCUUCUAUUAGGUAAGAUAACACAGUCACAGGUCCCAGGGAUUAGGAUUUGGACAUUUUAGGGGGGUCAUUAUUUAGCCUACAACACCCAUGAUAAACAUCGAAAUUUUAAAUAAAGACGGGAUCCGUGGGGUUAGGGUGAGGCGCUCACGAAGUCUCUGCAAGAGUAGGGUUGGAGCCUGUCAUUACUUAAAAUUUUGAUAACUCGUUCAUCAUGGAUUUUUUUUUGCAUUUAAUUUGUAUUUUUAAAAAUAUUGCAAUAAAAUAUUUAUCUUUUUUUUAAAGAUUUUAUUUAUUUAUUUGACACAGAGAGAGAAAGCACAAGUAGGCAGAGAGGCAGGCAGAGAGAGAGGGAGAAGUAGACUUCCCACUGAGCAGGGAGCCCUAUGCGGGGCUCCAUCCCAGGACCCAGGGAUCAUGACCUGAGCCGAAGGCAGCCGCUUAACCGACUGAGCCACCCAGGCGCCCCUAAAAUAUUUAUCUUAUUGAAGUUUUUGACACCUCCUUAAAUUCUGCACCUGUGGGGAGUGCCUCAUAUUGCCUCAUCCUAGCCCCAGCCCUGCUUAGUAGAGCAAGAAGAGGGGCCCUGCGCUGCCCACUCAGCUUCCAGCCACAGGGCUCCCCCAAGCCCCUCCCUUAGAGAAUUCUGCCCACAGACCCCUGUGGACCUCUGUUCCUCCUGCCUGGUGUUGCAGAGCCCCCAGCUUUGCUUUGCUUUCCACCCGCGCUCCUGGUAUAUCCCUGAGGCUGGCUAUCCAUCCCACUCUUCAGACUUUGGAAGUAGGGGAUUGUGGGCUCACUUCACUGGGACAGCAUCCUGCCCCGGCGAAGAACGCAUCUCUGCAGAAAGGUAAUUUAGGUUUUGAUGGACGGUCUGUCCAUUUACUAGCUGUAUGACCUUAGGAAAAUUCCAUAACCGCUCUAGGCUUUACCAGCCACGUCUGUAAAAUGGGGACAUUAAUACUUAGCUCUCAGGGCUGCACCAGACACCUGACUAAGUCCCAAGCACCAGCUCUGCAGGCAGGAGCCCAGCUUUAGAUACGAGCUCGGCACUCCCCGCGCUGGGUGACCCAGCCGAAUUACCUGACCUUCCUAGGCCUCCGCUGCCCCACCGGGAACACCUGCUUCCCAGCCUGCGGGGGAACGGGAGCUGCUCGAGCGAGUCCUCUGCACCCCCCGGAGGACGGGACCCCCGUCGGGAGCUGCUGCUGGCAUUCGAGCCUCCGGAGCCUAGUCUCAUUGAGCAUUCGGGAGAAGGGGGUGAGACGUCUGAACCGGGAGCUCUUCCCGCGGGCCAACUUCAGGCGUGGCAUCUCAGGAACUCGCGAGGGCCGGCCCUCCCUCCAGGGUCCGGGCCCGGGGCGGGCGGGCGGGCGGGCGGCGGGCAAGACGCUACCUGCGCGCGUGCCGGGCAUUCCUGCGCCGCCGCACCGGGCGCGCCAUGGGCCUGAUGCCGGCCGCGCGGGCCUUCUCCCGCUGCUGCGCCUGCCCGCCGCCGCCCUGCCGCCUGCCCGCCUGCUGCGCGCCCGCCGCCCCAGGUAGCGCGGGACGGGGUGCGGGGAAGCGGCGUCCCGAACCCCAGCCGCGGGCGACGGGGGUGCGGCGCAUGUGUCUCGCGGGGUCGGGGUGCCCGGCGCGCGGCCGGUGGGUCGCCGGGCCCGGGGAGCGGGGCGCGCGCGUGUUCGCGGCGAGGGGCGGAGGCCGCACGCCUCUCCUCUGUUGUGCCGCGGGGUGGCGGCCCGGAGCAGAGCGGGGACCCGUCCAGGGUCAUCCCCGCCACUACUGAGGGGACCGAGCGGGGUGGGAGCCUCGGGCUCCCGACUCCAAGCCCAGUGCUCGGUCCACGUUUGCCGCCCCCGCCCCGGGCCUCAGGAAGGCCACUGUGCCGGGGCGUGGGGCUGCCUACCCCCCGGGGGAGAGGGAUCCCCUGCCCUGGGGCUGGCUCGCCCUGGGCAGGACACCGGCGCCGAGGUGAUGUUCGCCUCUCGCUGUAUUUCUCUCUCCUGGCUGAUGUCAGCCUGUUGGUUGGUGAGGCCCGGUUUCAGCGCCCCCCUCCCCCCCCCCACCCCCCCGGGGCCGCUCUGAGCUGCACCUAGAGCAGGGCCAGGCGCAUGGACACACACCGUGCUGGAAGGCUGGGUUGACAACCUUGGCAGCAGAGCUGAGAGCAAGAAGGGACUUCCCAAAGUCUGCAGCUCCGGAGAGAAUUUAAUAAUGUUCUUCCUCCUUGUGUCUUUUCCCUGAUGUGGCCUGGUCCCCUCCCCCAUCCCGCUGCCCCCCAACUAGACAGAGCCCCAGGAGAGCCAGACAGGCCUGAGGUCUCUGCUCAGGAGUCCGCUCCAAGAGGGAACACCAGCUUCUCCUUUCUCCUGGGGCCUUCGGAGCCCACAGAGCUCUGGCCCUGGCCCUGGGCCGGAGCUCCUGGGUCAGGAGAAGGCCACGUGUGUCGCAUACCUGCUUCAGCGUGCCUGUCGUGGUGAGCUCUGCCAUGGCUGCUCACAGCCCCAUAAAGUGGCCGAGAGACUGAGGACUGUGCCCAAGGUCAUCUGGGACAGGGGCGUGAGCCAGCCGACUGCCCUGCCAGUGGCCUGUGACUUCCUGCUCCUGCCUGGGCUUCUGGGGCAAGGGGAGCGAGAGCGGGGCUUUGCAGGGGAGAGCAGGCAGGGGGGAGGCCCGGCGCAGGCCCGAGCCCAGCAGCAGGUUCAUCCAGAGGGAAGGCAGCCUCUGCCAGUUUCCUCUCUGGUGGCAGAGCCGGUACUUUGUGAAGAGCGUGGGCUGGGACCUCGAGGAACCCGCACACUGGCUGGGUUUCCAGGGAUCUGACGAACCUACUGGAACUGGUUCUUGGCAAGGUUCCCCCUCCGAGAUGUGCCAGGAGGGCUGAGGAAGUUCAGGCGGCUGCUCCCGGCCCCACCCGGCUCUGCCAGAGAGACCCUGGCCUGGGGAGGGGUGGGCAAGGCCCCGGCAGAAGGUGGCCCAGCCCUGUAGCCCGAGUGCAGGUGGCCCCCGGGAGGAGGACAGCUAGGAAGGAGGCCCGAGGAGGCUGAGUUGGGGUGAGCUUUCCCGCGGUGCUCCACAAAACCUCUCUCCCCAGAGGGAGGGGAGGGGGCAGCUAGCACCUGAAGCCUCCACAGUCUCCUGCAAGGCUCCCCACAGCCUUGCUGGGAAUAUGGGCUCCGUGCCAGGCCUGGUGGUGCCUCGGGCAGGGCCUCAGGGCAGCCUCUUAGAGACCGUGCGAUCAUCCCGUUUUAUAGAUGGAGAAACUGAGGCCCAGGAAAGGAGGCCCCUCCUCUCCUCAGUAGCUCAGCUGGGAUGUACACCCAGACCAGUGCACAUGUAGGCUCAGAAUCUUUGUCUUCAUGGCCUUCAGUCGUGAUUGUCACCUGCCUGUGUCUCCACACCUGCCACCCCGCCCCCGCCCCAGCCCAGCCCAGUCACCGGGCUCAGCACUUGGAGGGCCUCUGGGACAGUGUCGUCAUAUCCCAAAGCCCCUGGGCAACACAGGAGGUCAGGGCUCACCACGGCGGCUGGUCCUCUUCAGCUCUGCUCCCUCCGGCCCCGCCUCCGACCCCCGUGGCCCCCGUCAGACCCCCACCCAGCUCUGCCCUGGGGCCUCUGCCCCCACGCCCCACUCCCGCCUGCCUGCCUAUCUCCUCAUCCUUACACCCCAGUGUCCAUGGCACCUCCCCCCCCCCCCCCCCCCCCCCCCCCCCCGAUCGCCCCGAUUUGGAAGCGCUCCAGGCCCUGUGGACUUCCUUUCCUGGCUCCCAGCCCUGUGUAGGAGGGCGGGGUGAGCGGUGAGGAAGGGCUCCCGGGGGUGGCCUUGGCUGUGCUGAGGUUGGGAGGGGACUGUCAGAGCUGGGGGCCCGCCCUGAAGCGGCUGCCCUCUCUCUGGCCCAGGUCUGUACCCCAGAGGAAGGUGGGGCGGGGCCUGGCCUGCCUGCCACGGUGCAUUUCCUCCUGGGGGGGAGGGGAGGCAGCGAGGGGCGUUCAGCCGAGUAGGCCCCGGUAGGAUUUGGUGUCUCCAGCCCUCGGGAGUGGGAGUGGACCGAGGCCAUCCACUCCCUAGAGCAGGGUGAGGCGCAAGUGUGAGGGGGGUAGAAGGGUGGGUGGGCGGAUGGACAGACAGAAGGAUGGCGGAUGUCCCGGGGACAGGAGAUGGGAGAGCAGGAAGGGCUAGAGCCUAGAGGAGGCUGGAUGGGAUUACCCCAUCUUGGUGGAUCUCUGGAGGGAGUUUCAGAAUUCUUCUCCUCGGUGUCUCUCUUCCCUGACUGUGGCCUUCAGUCACCUGUGAGCCCAGCGUGGGGAGCUGAGUGCAGGAACUCUGGAUGGGUCAUGCUUCACUCGGUGCUCCCAGGUGCUCCCAGGCCAGCACUAGCUCGGGAAUGCGGGGGGGGGGGGCAGGGGGGGGCUCCCAGUGAGGAUGCGGGCAGAGGUGAGUGUUCACGCACUCACAGCUCACGUAGGAGGGGACAUCCGAGCUGUUCCCGAGGGCUAAUAGGAGAUUUGCGCAGACUGAAGAGGAAGGAGACCUCCAGGCAGAAGCCGGUGCACGGGCCGGGCAGCAGGAAAACAGACGCAUUUAGGGCGAGUAGUGGGUAGAGCUGACAAGAAAGGGACGUGUGCGUGAGUGGGGAGGGAGGCAAGAGGCAGGCACUGAGGGUGCAAUGCCAGGCUAGCUCCCCCCUUUUGGGGACCCUCUGCUCAUGGGCAGUUCCCCCUGUAUGUCCUCUGCCCGCUCGUUUGAGGUCCUAGCAAAUGCCUCAGGUCAUGACAGGCAUGGUUCCCCAUUUCUGCCUCCUGUGAAUCAGGACCGCUCUCCUCCUUCAUCCUGACCGCAGUACCCUUGGGGAACGUCUGGGCCAUGGAGGUCAAAGCAAGAGGGGUGAAUUCCUGUCCGAGCCACAUGAGUGAAGUUCGGGCUGGGUGUGAGGCAAUAGGGCGCGGUGAGGACUGGGGAGAGGUGGCAGGUGAUGGGUUAUCACGGGCACAGGGGCCGCUGGACUCGGCCAAUGUUGCCAUUUGGGAAUUCUGGCCUAGUACUUGCAGAUCUGUGGAUUUUUUUCAAGAGAAGCUGGAAAUCCAGAUUUUUAUAUGAAAUCUCCUGAUUUUAAAUAACUAAUAUUAAAAUGGUUCACACAUCACCCUAGCUGAACAGGAGCAUUUGGCCCCACGUGGCCCACUGUUGAGCAUGGGCCAUCGUGCCCUGAGUGAGGUGAGUGGGGACAGUGGCUCUGUGGCCCCGGGACCGGCAGAGAGGCCCGGACGCUGUUAGCGGCGGGCCCUGGGGGCGCCUCCGACGGGCUUCUCAGGGCUGCCCCAGGCAGCCACGGAGCCAGUCUCACGGCAGCCUCAGCCCCUGCUCUCGAGGCUCUUGACUGGCCCGCCAGGCCCCACCCCUGUGGGCAGGGGCCCUGGGCUCUCCCCCGAGUCCCGGGAGGCAGACAGCUUUUCCUUUCGUGUCCCGUUGUGGUCUCCGCUUCACCUCUGCCCACUGUCUUCACGAGCAGACCGGGGAAACGGGAAGCGGGACUGGUGGGUGGCUAGCAGCUGGGUAUCCAGCACCAGCGUGGGUGGGGAGCAGCAGUGUGGCCUAGAACAUUCUCUAGGCCCGGAGCCAGCCUGCGUGGGUUUGAACCCCGCCACAUGCUGAGUGAAUUUGGGCACGCGUCUCCGUUUGUCCGUCUGAAAAAAGGGGACGGAGCUGAUAGUGAUGCUGGCGGAAGUAGUCCCUCAGUUAUGGAGCGGCAUGAGAAUCGUGCCCCGGUGUCCGCGCAGCGCCUAGAGCAGGAGCCCGCACCGUGAGCGCGCCCUGUUGGCUGCGUCGGCGCCGCCCUCAGGCGCACGUGCUCGGACGUGCACACACGCGUCCACUUGCGCGCAUGCGCGCGCUGCUUCCUAGCGCGUUGAUGGCAUCCCUGGAUGCCCUCCACAUGGGCAUGUUUUCUAGAAGGGAGAAGUCUCACUCCCCCCCUCCAUGCCCCCCCCCCCCCCAGAUUCUGUGUGCUUUGUCCUGGGGUCAGGCAGGGGCCGAAGGAGCUUGCACUGAGUCCUGCUCUAUGCCAGGCACCGCGUCAGGGGCUGCUGUAGCUUACGUCAAACUCGCCACCGUGCGGGGAGCCGAGUAGGUGCCCGGAGUCCUGCCCCUGCUCGGUGGCAAGGGAGAGCUCGCACUCUGCCCUGGCUCGCUCACCACCCGGCCUCGGUAGCCACGAGCCUGCGCACAGUGGAGCUCUGGCAUCGUGCCUCUGGCACACCCCAAAAGCCCCCCUGCGGGGAAGGCUCUGCAUCCCGCACGCAUGUGGAAGACGCUGGGCAUUUGAAAGUCCUUGUAGAGCUUAGGGCGGGGAGAAGUGUGUUUCUCCUUGUGUUUGUGUGUGUGUGUGUGAGAGAGAGAGAGAGCGAGCGAGCGAGCGUGCACGAGAGUGCUUUAUGGACCUCAGCUGCUUCUGCUCUUUGCCCAGGCUGCCAGGACCCUCUCAGCUGGUUGUGUAUUUAGUUGUCAUAGGUCUUCUCAGUCUCGAGUUCCUCUACUUCUUCCUCUCUCCCUCCACCCCUCAUUUGCUUUCUUGUCCUAUGCUUUGGAUCUCUUGCUUCCUGUUUUUUUGGUUUGUUUUUCGGUUUUUUGUUUGUUUGUUUGUUUGUUUUGUGAACAUUAUUGAAAUGUAGCAUACAGGAAAGUGUAUAAUUCACAAGUGCACAGUUUAAUGAUUUUUCUCAAAGUGAAUAUAGCUGGGUAAGCAGUGCCCAGGUCCAGAAUCAGAGCACUACCAGCACCCCAGAAGCCCCUGGGACCCCUUCCAGUCACUGACCCACCAGGGUAACCAUGCCCUGCUCUGGCUUUGCACGUUACACAGAUGGAGUCAUGCAGUGUGUACUCUAGGUCUGGCUUCUGCUCACGGUUUUUUUUUUAACUUUUUAAAAAAGAUUUAUUUAUUAUUUGAGAGAAGAAGGCACGAGCAGGAGGGGCAGAAGGAGAGGGAGAGAGAAUCUGAAGCAGACUCCCCGCAGAGCGCAGAGCCUGAUGCAGGGCUCGAUUCCACGAGAUCAAGACCCGAGCUGAAAUGAGGAGUCAGACGCUUAACCAAAUGUGCUACACAGGAGCCCCCUUUUUAAAAACUCUUAAAAAUUGUUGGUAAAAUAGAACUAAGAUAAAAUUUACCAUCUUUACCAUUUUUAAGUGUACAACUCAGUGGCAUUAAGUAUAUUUGCAAUAUGCAGCCACCACACCAUCCAGCUCCAGAACUCCAUCUUGUAAAACUAAAACUCUGUUCUCAUUAGACGGUAGCUCUCCAUCCCCCCAUCCUCCAGCCUCUGGCAACCACAAUUCUCCUUCCUGUCUUUAGGAAUUUGUUAUUUUAAGUACUUCACAUAAGUGAAAUCACACAGUAUUUGUCUUUUUGUGGCUGGCGUUAUUUCAUUGACACAAUGUCAAUUUAUGCACGGUGUAGAGUGUCUCAGUUUCCUUUUGACUUUGAGGCUGAAUAAUAUUCCAUUAUAUGUAUGUACCACAUUUUGUUUAUCCAUGUAUCUGUUGAUGGACACUUGGUUUGUUUCUACCUUUGGUUUUUGUUUUGUUUUCCUUUUUUCAAGCAAGCUCUCUGCCCAACAUGGGGCUUUGAACUCACAACCCUGACAUCAAGAGUCACGUGCUCUACCAGCUGAGCCAGCCAGGUGCUCCCUACCUUUCAAAUGUUGUGAAUAAUAUACUAUGAACAUGGAUGUACAAAUGUCUGUUCAAGUCUUUGCUUUUGGUUCCGUUGGUUAUUUACCUGGAUGUGGAAUUGCUGGGUCAUAUGGUAAUUCUGUUUUACAUUUUUGAAGGCACCUUCCUGUUUUCUGUAGUGACUGCACCAUUUCCAUUCCCUUCAACAGCGCACAAGGGUUCCAGGCUCUCCACAUCCUCGCCAACACUUGCUGUUUUCUGGGGUUUUUUGAUAGUAGCCGUUCUAAUGCGGUGCGAGGUGGUACCUCACUGUGGCUUGACUUGCGUUUCCCUAACGAUCAGUGGUGCUGUGCCAUGAGUAUGUUUUCACAUCAGUGUGUCAUCUGUCUUGUUGUGUGAGCUGCGUGCCAUCUGUUUUUAUCACCAUCUGGUUCUGCACAGUAUGAAUAGACCGGGACAUACCCGCUCAUUCUACUGCCGAUGGGCAUUAUUAGGUGGUUUCCCAUUUGGAGGGAUUGCAGAGUGCCGCUAAGAACAUUCUAGAGUGCCUCUUUUUGGGGACAUAGUCCUGGGUUUUUAAAUGUAAGCCACUCCUGUUUGGAGGUUAGUGUUGCAUAAAUAAACCAAUAAAAAUAAACUUUAAAGGUUCCUCGGGCUUAGACAAAUUCCGUAGCACAGGACAGGCCCCCUGCCCGCUGUGCCCUCCUGCUCCCUGUCCCAGGUGGCCCAGGGUCCAGCCGCCUGGUGUGUGCCCUCCCAGAUUCUGAUUUGCUCCCUCAGGGAAGAGCCCUUUGGGCCCUGACAGUGCCCCCUGCCACCCAUUGUCCCAAGCGCCCUUUUCCCACUGCCGAGCUGGAUCGCUGAGGGCCUGACCAGCUCCUCUCCGUGCUCAGGGAUCUUUGGGCAGCGCCUGGAGGACACAGUCCACCACGAGCGGAAGUAUGGCCCCCGCCUGGCCCCCCUGCUGGUGGAGCAGUGUGUGGACUUCAUCCGCGAGCGGGGGCUCACCGAGGAGGGGCUCUUCCGCAUGC